AUGUGCUCGGCCUGUGAGCCCAUUCAGAUCGUGCACAUGCUCAACUCCAUGUACUCCAGGUUCGACCGCCUCUCCAGCCUCCACGACGUCUACAAGGUGGAGACCAUCGGCGACGCCUAUAUGGUGGUGGGCGGAGUUCCGGUUCCCACGGCGACACACGCCCACAAUGUGGCCAACUUUGCCCUGGGGAUGAGGAUCGCGGCCCGGGACGUCACCAACCCUGUCAGCGGGGAGCCCAUCCAGAUCCGUGUGGGUCUGCACACGGGGCCGGUCCUGGCCGGGGUGGUGGGACAGAGGAUGCCUCGCUACUGUCUGUUUGGGGACACGGUCAACACCGCGUCCAGGAUGGAGAGCCACGGACUCCCUGACCACAUCCACCUCAGUGCUGCCACCUACAGUGAGCUCCGCGACUCCGAGUUCAAGAUGGCAGAACGUGGACAAAUCGAAGUGAAAGGAAAGGGGCUCAUGUCCACGUACUUCCUCCUCAGAAACACCAACUCAUCGGAAGACGCCAUCAUGGGCCGAGAAAACUCCCGAUGCGACCUCCCCGCAGUCCAGCAGAACGUAGAAGGCAAGUCCUCAAAGCACCAACAAAGCGGGGAUUACGGUCCCUCAGAGAGCAGCUGUGGGCCCCUGCAGGAGGCCCCUGGGAGCCCCUUCGCCUUUGACAUCACCUGGCCCUAUCCCAGCAAACAGCAGCCCUCCCCAGGCCGGGGCCGCAGCACCUUCAGCCCCAUCUGUCGAAUACUUUAG